CAUCAUGUAACCAUCCAUCCUGCUGGUAGUAUGAAAUGGGCUCGAUCGAAAUUCCCAGUGUACCGGAAUUAAAAAAGCAUCAAGUGAUGCAUGAUUGGAUGGAGAAUACAAUGAAACAAUGUUUGACGUAUAAGCAAACACAAAGAUCACUUUCCGAACGAAAUCGAGAUCUUGUUGACUACAAGGAAAAGAUGGAAAAAGAAUUGGAGGAUUUGACGCGGGAAAAGGUCGAGUCCGAUAUGAUCAACAUCCAAAAGAUGAAGCAGCUAUUGAACAGCAAAAAACGACGCCUUCAUAAAGUGAUGAUGGAACGUGAUUCACUGUUACGACAAGUGGUAGCACAUCAAGCGCAAGAUCAAAGUCUCAAAGACCAAAACGAAGGGUCACCAAUACCAAUUAAAAAAGCUGCAUCAAAGAAGCGAGGCCGACCGCCAGCAUCUGCCGCAUCAGCUUCAGCAUCAGUAUCCGAGACUCAAAUUGACGUUGCACGGAGAAAACGGAUGCGUACUACACCGCCGCCGCCAUCGGAUCAAACCGAACCUAGUAGCAGUACUCAGAAUGUCGAAAAAAAGGAUACCAAGAGCAGCAGCAGUAGUAGCAGCGGCAAAAAGAACGGCUCUCGACAAGAUGAUCCUGGCGGUGGAAGCGAGACUGACGAGGACGACGCUGCUGGUGCUACUGUCCCAGGAGGAAAGACGGCCAAGAUCCAAAAAGAGGCGACAGCAAUCGAACUCGACUCUGACUCGGAUGACUAUGACAGCUAUAUACCCAAAGUGCGGCGAGCCAAGAUUGGAAAUAGGUCGCAAAAGAAACGGCUUGCGAGAAACGCGUCUGAAGAGGACGAUGAAAGCGGCCAAAGCGAUUGAGCGAUGUGACUCGAACUAUGUACUUUAGCAACAACAACAACACAAAACCAACAAUGAUACCCGAAGAGUGCAAAUCCCUUCUUGUACCCUUUAAGAAUUACAUAUCAUAAUACUAUGUA